UCUUAUCUUACAAAAUAGUGUUUCUUCUUUGUUGAAGGUUCCAUGUGAACACUGAGGCCCGAAGUUUGUCUAUGCAGUAAUGCAGAAGCAACUCCAAAGAUAUUCUCCUCUCUCCCUCUAAGCAAAGUAGACAGAACUGGUGCAGAAUUUCACCUCUGUUAUGUUAUCAAAGGUUGCAAAAUAUGUAAUCUACAUGAGGCAAUUACAAAGAAGCAAUAAGGCAUGCUCAUGUUUUUUACAUAUUAGGAGCUCCCAGUAUGUACCAUCUCAGAGUAACCUUUGUUGCAUACACCUGGCAAGUUUAAGUCACAGACAUGCUUGGUCAUAGCCUCUAGGAUGUUUGGAACGAUUUCGCUCAAUCCAUCAAGAUGGAAAGAUUCAAACUCUGGCCAGCAUGUUGAAUAUGGUCAAAGACCGGAUGUCUUCAGAGGAAUAAUAAGGUAUGCAAGAUGUCAUGCACAUCUAGAUUGUGCCAGAAGCCGGAGGGAUGAUCUAGAGUCGUCUGAUGUAUACAUUAAUAUUUCUGAUGCUGGGAACUUGGGAAGGUUGUCAUGGCAAGAGUAUCAGGAUGAUAAAAUCUUCUGCGGCUUAGGAAUGCAAAAUAAUAUUGGGCACAACAAGGUCAACGUGGAAAAGAGAUGUUCGAACCAUUGAAGUUUGGAAAAAUUUUACUUUCUUACAAAUAGGAAGCAACAUAUUAGGGCUUAGACAAAGGCUUCAUGUAAUUUUGGAAGCAGUGGUAAGAAAGAGAACAAUAUGUUAUUUCAUUAUAUUUUUGUAUAGAGUCAAGUUGAAGCUUGUGCUAACCAA